AUGUCUGCUUCUCUGCCUGCCACCACAGUGUCCAUACCACCCCAACUGGCAGCCAACAUCGAAUCAUGGGGUGUGACGCACGCGCGGUUUGUAUCUGAUGGAGUGUCUACCUACAUAAAACCCACCUACGGCCAUCGAGGAAUGAACCGACAUCGAACUUUCAAACUAUAUCCCGUAACCAAUCCCAACACAGUUGGUUCCACCUGCCGCCUUAAAUUUACAAACAUAGUCGAUGACCGACCCAAUAUCGAUCCGACCAGGCGUACAACAAAUCUUAUGGCAAAGAUCCUCAAGUUCUCCCAACACUCGCAUCGUAGAAUCUCCCCCUGA